UUAAGAUCAUCCUUAGUUAUACAGGGAGUUUGAUGUCAGCUUGCCUCAAAAACAGUCAGGGCUCAUGAGCUGGCUCAGGUGAGAUGGCUCAGCUAGUCAAGGACUUUUCUGCCCUAAGCUCAAUACCAGACACACAUGGUAGGAGGGAGCUGACUCCUGAAGUUGUUUCUGUGCUGUCCACAUGCACCCUGCUGCAUUUGUGCAUCCAUACACACGCACACACAAAUAAAUGUAAUUUUAAAAAUCAUAAGUGAUAUUUCAUAUUCCCAAAUCCGUGUAAUUCAUAAACAGGAAACGCCGUAGCCUGUGCUUGUCACACUGCGCGGCCUGAUCCCACUCACACACCCUGUAGCUCCUUGUCUUUAGGAUUCUUAAUUUGAUCUGAGCUGGGGAAGAGAUAGUGGCUGGAGUGAGAGCCUGUCUCCUGUGACCUAUGGGCUGCACAGCAGGCUGGAUUCACACACACCCGACUAGACGGUGAAGCGGUGAAGCGAGCGGCCCUGCUGGCAUCCCGGGGCUCCGAAGAACUUCUGUGCUUCACCCAACGCUUGGAAGACUUAGUGUGUUUCUGGGAGGAAGCGGCGAGUUCCGCGAUGGACUUCAACUACAGCUUCUCUUACCAGCUCGAGGGUGAGUCACGAAAGUCUUGUCGCCUGCACCAGGCACCCACCGUUCGAGGCUCUGUGCGUUUCUGGUGCUCACUGCCGACCGCGGACACGUCGAGUUUUGUGCCGCUGGAACUGCGGGUGACAGAGGCGUCCGGAUCUCCUCGCUACCACCGUAUCAUCCAUAUCAAUGAAGUAGUGCUCCUGGACGCCCCCGCGGGGCUGCUGGCACGCCGGGCAGAAGAGGGCAGCCACGUGGUGCUGCGCUGGCUGCCACCUCCGGGGGCACCUAUGACCACUCACAUCCGCUACGAGGUAGACGUGUCCGCAGGCAACCGGGCCGGGGGCACACAAAGGGUGGAGGUCCUGGAAGGCCGCACUGAGUGUGUACUGAGCAACCUGCGGGGCGGGACACGCUACACCUUCGCUGUUCGAGCACGCAUGGCUGAGCCGAGCUUCAGCGGAUUCUGGAGCGCCUGGUCUGAGCCCGCGUCGCUACUGACCGCUAGCGACCUGGACCCACUCAUCUUGACGCUGUCUCUCAUUCUGGUCCUCAUCUCGCUGUUGCUGACUGUGCUGGCCCUGCUGGCCCACCGCCGGACCCUGCGGCAGAAGAUCUGGCCUGGCAUCCCUAGCCCAGAGAGCGAGUUUGAGGGCCUCUUCACCAUCCACAAGGGUAACUUCCAGCUGUGGCUGCUGCAGCAUGAUGGUUGUCUGUGGUGGAGCCCGAGCAGCUCCUUCCCUGAGGACCCGCCUGCCCACCUAGAGGUCCUCUCAGAGCCACACUGGGGAAUGACUCAAGCUGGGCAUCCAGGGGCAGAUGAUGAGGGGCCCUUACUGGAGCCAGUGGGCAGUGAGCAUGCCCAGGACACCUACCUGGUACUGGAUGAGUGGUUGCUGCCCCAGAGCCCAUGCAGUGAGAACCUCUCAGGGCCUGGGGACAGUGUGGACCCUGUGACUAUGGAUGAAGGCUCAGAAACAUCUUCCUGCCCCUCUGACUUGGCCUCAAAGCCCGGGCCAGAAGGCACCUUGCCUUCCAGCUUUGAGUACACCAUCCUUGACCCCAGCUCUCAGCUCCUGUGCCCUCGGGCACUGCCUCCCGAGCUACCUCCCACUCCACCUCAUUUGAAGUACCUGUACCUUGUGGUGUCCGAUUCUGGCAUCUCAACAGAUUAUAGUUCGGGAGGCUCCCAGGAAGUCCAUGGGGACUCAUCUGAUGGCCCCUACUCCCACCCUUAUGAGAAUAGCCUUGUCCCAGAUUCAGAGCCUCUGCGUCCCAGCUAUGUAGCCUGCUCCUAGGACUCCAGCCUACAACUCCUUGAACGGCAUUGGCAUUGGUGAGGCCAUACCUAAAGUCACAGCUGAUCUUGGCCCUCUGCCCAGGAAGUGACGGCCUUGCAAUGUUACGAUGGAGAGUUAUCUGUCUGUAUACAGAAAUAUAUGUAUCGAUUUUUCUACCA